AGAGUUGGGAAGAAGUGUUUACUUCCGGGUUCAGGUUGCUUGUCUGGGGGAGGUCAUGUCAUGGACUGUUUAUUAGUCAGUAGCUUGUAGAAGCACAGGACUGUCUGAACACUUUGUUGUUUUGUGGAUAUAGUGCUUUUCUUAUGAUUUGCAAUGUCGCAAGCAUCUUCGGGAUUUAACCCAGCUUCUCACGGGCCACCACGCAGCGCACAGAGUCCUUUUGGUGUGAAUUAUAUUCCCACGGAGCAUGAGAAGAGCAUCUUCAGAGAUUGUAACCAAGAGAGCUUCUGGUACCGAUCCUUGCCGUUGUCAGCCGUGGCAGUCGCGGUAACUCAGGUGAUGGUAACUAGAGGAGUGCUAGUCCCAUCCCCAAGAUUUGGCUCCCUGCCAAAAGUUGCUCUUGCUGGUUUCUUGGGAUACAUGGGAGGAAAGGUGUCUUAUGUGAAUGUUUGUCAAGAAAAGUUUAAAAAACUGGAGAACUCUCCGAUUGGAGAGGCUCUACGACAAGGACACCUGCACCAUGUGCCCCCUGAGUUGAAGCACUCAGAGUUUGCGGAUCCAGACCAAUCGGUUUCUCAGCAGUCAGGCUUUGAGUCGACGCUCCAGCCCACAGAGGAGUACAGCUCACCCCCAAAUCCCUACAGCAGUUACUCCAGUGAUUACCCCUACAGUAGCCCCUCUCAGUCAUAUGACCCAGUGCUCAGCACUGGAGUCAGUGAGUCUGCUGACAGUGCCCCUCCAGUCCCACCUUACCAGGAUGAAGACUCCCCUAAGAAGAGGGCAGUUCUGUAUGAAGAGCUGCGCAGUAAAAACAGGGAGAACUUCGAGGUGUCCCACUCACAGAAAGCUGAGCCUCUUCUCAAACCACAGGCUCAGGUGACUGCACCAAAGAAGGAAGAUAAAAAGAACAAGUACGGUGAUGCCUGGGAAGAGUAGGAUCGCUCCGGAGGGCCUGCUCCUCUCCCGUUCCUCUGGGUCGGCACUGUGUCACCGUGGUAGCGCCGUGGCAUAGCCCUGUUCAGACGUGCAGUUUUAGAACUAUGCUAAGGACCGGUGCAAUGUUCGAAUUCGUUUUGAACCUAAAUGUAACAAAUGAUGGCAUCAUUUCAGAUUUGAAAAUAAACAGCAAUUUUGAUAAUGUAACUAGGUUAAGCGUUAUAGUUAUACGCUAUAGUUCUGGCAUAUGCUUGUACAAAUAUGUCAUCAGUCUGGGCUUCAGAUGAGGUCUUCAAUUGAGAUGAUCUGUGAUCUGUUUUGAGAAUGUGUGUUUAUAUUUUUGCUUCUUCCAAUAGCUGUACAAUUACUGACUCAUGACCGUUUUUCUAAAUGAGAGACCAUUUUCAUACCUUUUAUGUGGUUAUAAGGUAGAUUUUGCUAUUAAGUGAAAUUAUAGUUAAAUUAGAGUUUUGCCGUAUUCUCCAGUGUAGGCAGUCUGCAGUUUUCCUGUUUCCUACAAAAAUAUAUGUAUAUUUUUUUCAGACUGCUCAGGCGCCAGCAAUGAAUCAAAAACUGGAAAUGAUUGUGAAUUCCUCUUUUCUUAGUAGCACGGACUGAUUAGCCAAGUAAUCAACAAAUAAAUAUUUUAUCUUCCGUU